UGACUAUUGUCAUUUAAUCAUUGUUGUCAUUUUCAAAUCAAUUAUGAUAUGACCUUACAGGCUGCGUGAUCAGCAUAUUACACUUAAAGCACUACCGCAUCCUUUCAUUCCUUCAAACGCCCUGAACAACUAUCAAACUAACACAUUGAAAAGUUUAGUAUCAUGACUAAUAUUGGAACAGGAACAUGACACAGAACAUCACUGUGAAGAAACAACAAGAAAAUAACAGAUUUCAGCAGACAAAACAUAAACUUCAUGUAAUAUAUAACUGUAGAUACAAAUUAUACAUACAUUAUAUAUACAUUAUGAUUAAAAUAGCUAUUUGAUGGCACAGUGUGAAGGAUAUUGAUUAUUUCAGCUGCAGUAAGGGGAAGAACAUCUUACAUUAGACAAGUGUUGCUAGUAUUGGGGAAAAAAGCCUUAGGCCUACCCUAGAGAGUGUGUUUGAAAUUAAAAAUCCACCGGAAAUUUGACUUCUCGUCACCGAUUUAUUUCAUCUAUGCUGAUUUUACCACUGCAAGUUGUUGGGAUACUGAUAUGCAAAUGUAUGGUUUGGAGUGGAUUUUCCCCUUUAAAUGAUUUGGCUGAAAAUAUCAUAGGAAUUUAUUUCUUCCAAAAUAUUGUCAAUACAAACUGUGUGUGUGUGUGUGUGUGUGUGUGCAUGUGUGUUGUAUUGAGCUGCACUGUAGCUGCUUUGAUGUCUCCAUUUUGACUUCCUUGUAUGACAAAUCUGUCGAGGAGUGUGUGUGAAACAUGCUUUAUUAUUGUCAGUUAUUUAAAUGACUAUAGAGCAUUUUCGUUUCAACUAGCGAGAAAAGAGUCAAAGCAGCCUGUAUACUGUACAUUAAAGUGCAAACACUCUUCAAUCCUUCAUCAAAAUCACGGCCAACCACCGACGCAUGCCUGACCGGAUGCUUGACGCAAACUAUUAAUUGGGUGUCUGUAGCAGGAAGGUAUUGGGAAAUCCCUACAGUCUGAAGAAUAUAAAAUGACAGCCCAUCGCAAAGACAAAGCAACUCCUUCUGGCCCUGGCAGCCCUCAGCAUCAGCGGAAACUCAACAGGUGCUUCCCAGCAGCGCGACAUGCCCUCUUCACUAAACGCGUACUUGCUCUCUGCAGUGAUGCUGUGCGCUCUGCUGCUGUGCGCCCCCGGAGCUCCAGUUGAAGACGCGCCCACCAACAGCCCAGCAGGUGACCACUCAGGUGAGGAGGAGGAGGAGAGGCCUUCUGACCAACUGAGCGCUUCCCCGUUCUGGGCAUUGAUCCUUGACGCAACCAAACAGCACAAGGAGGAGUUUGAAAAUGAAUUCAAGAAUGAUGGGUUGAAAUAUAUUUACCUAGAGGGCUACAAAUUCACCUCACUUCCAGCAUGCUGCCCUCACUAUAACUUCAGCAAGGAGGCUUGUCUCCACAGGAUGUUUCACGGCCUGCUUAUUUACACAGUUCUUCUCAAGUAUGUGGAGAAGGAGUACCCCGGCAACUCAAUCUGCAAAGAGUUCAGGAACUACAGCGGCCUCCUGAUCAACCUCAUCAAAGGAAAGAUGAGAAAGCGUGAACAGGUCACAGCGCUGACCAGCAGCCAGGAGGGGCAACUGCUCAGGGACCUCGAUAACUCCGCCAGUUUCCACAGAAAGAUGACUGCACACAGCAUCCUGCGCCAGCUCCACUACUUCCUCUUAGAAGGCAAAAGAAUGAUUAGUAGAAAGGAGACCAGACAAAGUCAGGCCAUGAGGACUGUGAUACCCAUCACUUUCAACCAAAUGUUGAAAAGAUGAGUAGCCUAUUACAAAUUGAAGAAAUACCGCAGGGAAAGUGGGUGUUGCUAACUCUGCUAGUGUUUUCACGAGGGUUUAUUUUUUGUUUUUACGGGGAAAUGCUCUGAGUGCACCAACUGUAUGUACAGACGCAACCUCUAAUUGUGUAAAUCUCAAAAAGGCACCACUAUUGCACAACUUAUUUAACCUAUUUAUACUUGGCGAAAAGUGUUAUUUAUUAGUCAUAGGAAAAUCCAUGGUUAUUGGUUUCUUGCUCUAAAACAGGCAUUUUUUUAUAUAUGACUUUUAGUGUUGAUUAAUUUCUAGAUUCUGACGAUAUUUUUUUUUGAAAAGUAAUAAUUUCAUCACAUAUUUUUGUGAAGGACUUUAUACUAACAGUGGUGGUUAUUAUUUAUUUACAAUUAUUAUUAAACUGAAUUUGCUGUUGAUUUAA